AUGCCUUCAAAUUCAACUUGUCCGGCUAUUGUUCAUGUUCGAGACUUCGUCGAGCAUGUCGAACCGGACCCUACACGUCCCGAGGAUGUUGAACAGGAGGAAAUUCCUACCCUGGUUAGGUAUUUUGAUGAAGGUAACCAGUCCGACCAUUACAAGCCAAACACCUUUAUAUAUUCCUCGGGAUCGUUCCUGACUAUCUCAUCCGAGGACGAGGAAUUUCAUAUUAUCAUCCACGCUCACACUUUGAACCGUCAUCCGGGCAAUGAAGAAGAUACAGAAAAAUAUUUUAUGCACUGUCCCGAAGCUGCUCAGCCCACAGUGGCGUUGCUUGGUGUUGUUCUUGAACGCGGUGGUCCACUAAACCGCGGGCCAACUCUUCUUCACUACCGUCUCCAGACUACGGUUUACAACUCCGCUCGAACCUAUCACAUCUUUCCAGUCACCGCGUACUUCAAAAAUGGUCAGCGGUGGGUGUCCCACCACUGA